AUGAAAAAUAUGGACCCUCCAUCUAUCAAGUUGGACAACAGCGGCACCGGUCCCUUGCGAGUCCCUGGUUUCAACGGUGUACCCCUAUUCUAUGAGCAUCCAAAAGACAAUCGGUUUGCACAUGGAAUUUGCGAUUGGAGACAAAUUCCACAAUUGUUUUUCGUAGAGCUUUCUAUGCUGCAUUUCAUGUCGUAUAUCACGGAACAGCCAGACUGGGAAAAUAAGUCCGAAGACCCGCAGACACUAGAGGAAUGGCAUCGGCACGCUGUUUCGGUCUUUGAUCUCGAUGAAUCCUCAUGGCAGUGGUGUGUAAAGGAGAUACGAGAUAAAGCCUCUGACUUCAAACGCACGGGCUAUGUUGCUGUAUUUGAUGCGGACUCACGAGUCAUCAAAUCUCAGGUUUAUGACGGUCUUCUCAAAGAGCUUCAAGAAUCCAUGUCGCCGCUAUUUUCGGAAUCGAAAUCUGUUUCGUCUACUGCCUCGGGUGAUCUAAAUGAGAGUGGUUCGGAGAGUCCGGUUCGAAAUGUGAUUGACCCCUUGAUGUAUCCUCUUAUUUAUGGGCGAACUCGAGUCCUUACCGACGAGGGCAAAGUUGAUCUGGAGAGACCUGAGUCCUGGAGACCAUCACAGUCCCAGAUUGCGCCGAUUUCCGAGAAACCAGCUCGUUUAUGGGAUGAGAUGCAUCUCAAAGAGAGAAAAGCGAGAGACUUCAUGGAUUCCCGGUAUAUUGGAAAACGCUGGUCCAAUGCCUUUCAAUGUCUUCCCUGUGAGGUUGCUCUUAAUAAGCAAGGAGGAGCUAAGAUUACUUCCUAUGUCAAUGGUGUGCAUCCAAAGGAAAGGAGUAUAUACACAGCGCUCGAAAGGCUCAUUUCAGCCGCUAUUCAACCGUGGAACGAAAUGCUUAUCCUUGGAGAUCAGGGUCGGACACCAAUUCGAAUCAGAACUUAUGACUUCCAAGUGGAAGGCGGUGAUAACGAGACCAAGUUGCUUAACUAUAUGAAGAAAGCGAGACAGGGACGAACACCACCUAUCGCAGAAGAAGAAUGGUCUAACAUUCGAUCACGAAUAAGAGAAUAUCUUAGGCUCCCUGAGCCCGAGAAGAGGCACCGCAUAUUACCUAACUCUGGGUACCAUGAUCUUCUCGCUAGUAUACAGCCAUGGCAAUGGAAUUCUUUCGAAGAACUGGAAAAAUUGGUAAUUGCAAAGAGCAGGCGGUUAUACGCCGUGAAAGGCAUUGAGCCAGGAAUCUCCUUCACAUACGAUGAAUGGAAGACUGGUGAAAAUACAGGCCGCGCGAUUAUGCCUAAAUGGAGUGACCCUGAUAAACCUAAAACGCCACAAAUUCCCGACCUAGAUCACCAGUACUACUCGAUAUCUCUCCAAGAUCAAUUUGAGGGCUUACAGAUCAUAGUUCGAGUGUCAACUAUUGAGCUUACCCCCGAAGAGCCUUUGUAUCAUGGUGAUUCUCAUCAAAACGUUGCUGGUAUCCUUAAUGAGCAUAUCGUUUCUACAGCCGUAUGCUACUUCGAUAUGCACAACAUCAAAGAUGCAAAGGUUUCAUUCCAACAAGAGACACACAUCGAGAGCGAUGAUUUCAACAUUGCGGAGUAUGACGUUAUGGAUCGAGUUUUUGAUAUUCCGAGCUGGUCAUUCCUCGGCGAUGAUCCUUGUUACCCGGAGGCUCUACAGACCAUAGGGUCUAUCCCGAUUUCACGGAAUGGGCAGUUUCUUGCUUGGCCAAGUACACUGCGGUCUAAGGCCGAGCCUUUCAGUUUGGCAGAUCCAUUGCGGCCGGGGCACCUUCGAUUUGCGACUUUGUGGUUGGUAGACCCGCAUUAUCGAAUUUGCUCAACUCAGAAUGUGCCUCCCCAGGACCCAAGCUGGGUCGAGACAUCACAAUCAACGAAGGACGCGCCGAAGCAUGAUUUAAUGACAUUCACGCAGGCAGUCGAGGCUCGAAACCAAAUGAGGCAGGAUAGAGACAGGAUAAGCGAGGAUUUCCUUGAACGCGGACAUUCGCGGCACAUUUAUUCGGAAGUUUGCGUUCUUUGA